GCAGAUCAGAUCAUCAGAGACGACGGCCACGGCCAAAUCGGGUUGACGCGCACGGCGCACACACACUCUCCCCCGAAGGCCUGAAAACCAUCAGGCAUCCGUAUACAGAGCGCACAGUGUGCAGCCAGAUCGAGCAUUCCAAUUUCCAAGCUCUCUCCCCACAGAGGCCGAGGCCGCAAGCGCAUCCAGAGCGCACCCACGCCACGCCGCGCCGCACCGUGCCGUGCCGCGCCGCGCCGCGCGGAUGCCAUCCAAGCGGCCGUCCCAGAGCGCCAUGGACGCGGGCGCCGCGCCCGCCUCGCCAUCCCCUCCCAGGUCGUCGAAGAAGCGCUCGUCCCGCCCCAAGCCCCGCGCGGGCGACGCCGCGCGCCACCCGGCCCCCAACCCUAGCCCGCCCCCCGCCGCCGCCGCGCCCGCCUCCUCCCGCAGCCGCGAGCGCGAGCGCAAGCGCAGGCAGCGCGGCGCGUUCGCGGACCCCGCCGCGGUGACCGCGCCCGCCGCCGGGGGGCAGCACGGGGGCGCCGUCCAGAAGCUCUGGGGCGACGCCGACGAGGUCGCGCUCCUCGCCGGCGCCGCCGCCUUCCGCGCGCGCGCCGGCCACGUCCCGCGCCUCCCGGACAUGGGCGCGCUCUUCGACUCCAUCAGGGGCUCCCUCUCCCCGCACAUCGACCAGGCCAAGGUGUACUACAAGCUGAAGCGGCUCAAGGGCAAGUACCUGCACGCGGCGCCCGGCGCGUCCGCGGGACCGCACGAACGCCGCGUGCGCGACCUCUGCGCGAGCGUCUGGGGCGCCGACCUCGAGCCCCUUGCUGAGGGCGACGACGAAAGGGCCGCCGCCGCCGCCGCCGCCGCCGCCGCCGACCAGCCGCGCACUGUCCCGGACGCCGCCGCCAUGCUGCCUGUGCUGACUGAGAUGCUUGAUGAGUACUGGAAGACGGAUGGGCGAGCGCUGUCCAGUGUGUCCCUGGCGAAGGGGUUGUCACUGCUAGGGACAGAGGAAGCAAGAUUCAUCGAGGGCAAGUGGAGGAGGCAGCUUGAUUCAGAGAUACAAACGCAGAUGCGGCGACAUGAUCUGGCCAAGGAGGUCUACGCCUUGCUCAUGGACGCCAUCAAGGCCCUCGGGCCUUAGCUCGGGUACAAGAUGGUGGUUUAGAUAGAGCUGGGUCUGGGUACAUAUAUCUGCAAUGCCUUUUGUAUUGGCUGGUCGAAGCAUUGUACUCGGUUGAUGAUUGACGAGGCCAGGGUACAUAUAUCUGCAAUGCCUUUUGUAUUGGCUGGUCGAAGCAUUGUACUCGGUUGAUGAUUGACGAGGCCAAGAAUCAAGUGGAACUCAUUUUCGACUGUAUCAAAUAAUUUAGGUUCAUAACGGUUGCUUUGGCCGUUCUCCCGUCAGAUUUAGAUGUGAAAAUGAUUUAGUGGCUUAACCUGUUUGUAAAUCGUAUGCUAACUUCUGUAUCUGUCAUAUUAGUGCAUUUUCAAGUGUAAGGGGUCAGCAUUUCGAUAUUUACUACAUGGUGUGGUAAAAAACAAUUAGGCCAUCUUGGUUAAUGAUUACAAUGUUGAAACUAUAUUUGCUUAUCAUUCAACUUCUAAA